GAAAAGGAAAAAAGAAAAAAAGAAAAAACGGCUCCGUGUCUACUACAAACGCGGCGGUGCAGGUGCUCUGUCUCUUCGGGAGAGGAUGCGGAUGGAAGGACGGGGGAGGGAAGAAGAAGAAGAAGAAGAAGGGAUGAAGGCAAAGCAGCGCCGCGGGGAGAGAGACUGAGAGACGUGGAAUGAAAACGGGGCUUGCGCCGAAGAGUCCGAGAGGUGCAAGGUCGAAUAUGAGCAAUUGGUCGAACGGGGCACUUUGCGUGGUAAUAGCUGGUCGGCAAUAGUACUAUGAUUUGGUAUGUGGCCACUCUGAUAGCAAGUGUAUUCAGCACCAGAGGAACGGCCGCUCAAGGUGCCCACGGAGUGAGAGAGGAGCCCCGGUUUGUGACGGCGCGUGCUGGAGAGAGCGUGAUCCUGGGGUGUGACGUGUCCCCUCCCCUGGACGGCCAGCAGCCCCCCUAUGUGGUGGAGUGGUUCAAGUUCGGAGUGCCUAUCCCCUUCUUCAUCAACUUCCGCUUCUACCCUCCUCAUGUGGACCCAGAGUACACUGGCAGAGCUUCUCUGCAUGGGAAGGCCUCCUUGCAGAUCGAGCCGGUGCGCUCCGAGGACCAGGGCUGGUAUGAGUGCAGGGUCCUGAUGCUGGAGCAACAGUACGACACCUUCCACAACGGCAGCUGGGUGCACCUCACGGUCAACGCCCCACCUUCAUUCACAGCGACGCCGCAGCAGUAUGUGGAGGCGAAGGAAGGGGGAAGCACCCUGCUCAGCUGCUCUGCCCAGGGAAACCCAAAACCAAUGAUCAGCUGGCUCAGAGAAGGGGAGGAGCUUGCAACCAACUCAAAAUACUCGGUACACGACGGCAGCCUGACCAUUCUCGGCAUCACCAGAGACGACAGAGGGGCGUACACGUGCAGAGCGUACAGCGACCAGGGAGAGGUGCUUCACACCACCCGCCUCUUGGUUCAAGGGCCUCCCUACAUCGUCUCGCCACCAGAAAACGUCACCGUAAACAUAUCACAGAACGCACUCUUCACCUGCCAAGCGGAGGCCUACCCUGGCAACCUGACCUACACCUGGUUUUGGGAAGAGGACAACGUCUACUUCAAGAAUGACCUGAAGCUCCGAGUCCGCAUCCUCAUCGACGGCACCCUCAUCAUAUUCCGGGUCAAGCCUGAGGAUGCCGGGAAGUACACCUGCAGUCCGAGCAACAGCCUUGGGAUCUCGCCGUCGGCUUCAGCGUACCUGACUGUUCAGUACCCGGCUCGAGUGAUCAACAUGCCCCCGGUCAUCUACGUCCCACGGAAACUGCCAGGAAUCAUCCGCUGCCCUGUGGACGCCAACCCACCCGUGACAUCAGUGAAGUGGGAGAAAGAUGGCUACCCACUCAGGGUGGAAAAGUAUCCCGGCUGGAGCCUGAUGCCGGAUGGAAGUAUCCGGGUGGCAGAGGCCACAGAAGACUCCCUGGGCACCUACACCUGUGUGCCUUACAACGCCCUGGGUACCAUGGGCAUGUCCCCCCCUGCCACUUUGGUGCUAAAGGAUCCCCCUUACUUUAACGUGAGACCUGGGGGGGAGUACCGUCAGGAGGCUGGGAGAGAGCUAGUAAUCCCUUGUGCUGCUUCUGGAGACCCCGAUAUACCAACCAUCACCUGGAGAAAGGUGGGGAAGCCAAGCAGAAGUAAACACAACAUCCUACCCAGUGGCAGCUUACAGUUUCUGUCUCUCAGCAAGGAGGACCAUGGAGAGUGGGAGUGUGUAGCCACCAAUGUGGUCACAAGCAUCACUGCCAGCACACGUAUUCUAGUCAUCGGUACCAGCCCACACGCUCCAGGCAAUAUCCAUGUGUUGCCCUCUACGACCUCUGCUAAUGUGUCCUGGGAACCAGGCUAUGACGGUGGCUUCGAGCAGACGUUCUCUGUGUGGUAUGGUCCAGUGUCUAAGAGAACAGACUUUGGUCCUCAUGACUGGCAUUCGAUGCCAGUUUCUGGUGCUCAGACCUGGUUGGUGGUGCCAGGGCUGGAGCCUGGGACGGAGUACCAGUUCAGUGUGCUGGCUCAAAACAAACUGGGCACGGGCCCAUUCAGCGAAGUGGUGACAGUCACCACCGCAGGCUCUCCUCUGGGUACCGCUGAACCUCUGGUGCUUCUUACUCCACCACGGUGCCUCACAGCCAAUCGCACGCAGCACGGUGUCCUCCUCACAUGGCUCCCCCCAGCCAACCACUCGUCCCCCAUCGACCGAUAUAUCAUGGAGUUCCGCCUUGGGGAGAGGUGGGAAGUUCUCGAUGACUUGAUUCCAUCCACCGAGACCGAGCUGGUAGCGAGAGACCUCGUUCAGGAGUCCUGGUACGAGUUCCGAGUGAUGGCGGUCAUGGACGACCUGAUCAGCGAGAGCAGCAACGUAGUGGGAGUGUCUAGCACAGCAGACCCCUUCCCUGCUGCAGAGUUGCCUGAAGAGGGGCUGGCACGGCCUGUGGUGGCAGGCGUCGUGGCGACCAUCUGUUUUCUGGCAGCGGCGGUGCUGUUCAGCACGUUAGCAGCCUGCUUUGUCAAUAAACAACACCGUCGAAAACUUAAGCGUAAACCAGAUCCUCCCUUGUCAGUGACGCACUUCAGGAAAAGCAUUGAGUCGCCGCCUCCUCUCACCCCCUUGCCAGGGGUAGAGCCCUGCUGGGACGAGCCAGCCAGGAGCAGUUUCUUGCCCCCACCGGCCAGCCCCCUGUUAUCGUCGGGGAAGAUAAGUCCAGAGAGCUCCCCUCCGUCCCGGCCCCGCUCUCUGUCGUCCGAGGGUUCCCACGGCCCGGGCCUGUAUGUCAGGAAGCUGCCCAGCCCUCAGAGAGAAAAGGACAAAGAGCUCUCCUUCUACAAGAAAACCAAGCGUGCCAUAGCCAGCAAGAAAUACAGUGUGUCCAAACACGAGGCGGAGGUCACCACGCCUAUAGAGCUGAUAAGCCGAGGCCCUGACGGCCGCUUUGUCAUGGAAACCAGCCCGCCUCACCGCCGGAUCCAGGGCUUCCCCUUUGCGGAGGAGUCCGACAUGUACCCGGAGUUCCGGCAGUCGGAUGAGGAGAAUGAUUUUGACCCCGGGCCUCUGCCGCCUAUCAUGCCCACGCUGAGGCCCCAGCUGUCCCCAACGUCCUCCAGUCUGGAGUCAACGCAACCCCCCACCUACAGCCCCCGCCUGCACAGGCCCAUGGAAGGUAUGAGCUUUGCAGAGGGCAGUGCACCUUAUGCCUCAGGGCAGGCCCCAGCCUCCCGCUACAGGGGCUUUCCCCAUGGCCCUUUCUAUGGGUAUCUAGGCAGCCGUGCUGAAUCAGGGAUUCCACCACCAUUCUACAUGCCUGACAUCAGCCCGCGUAGCUCCGCUCUGUCCUCACCCCCGGGCACGGCUGAGGGGCCCUUCGGUUACCCCUCCAUCCCGGAGGAGAGUGAAGGAUUGGAACACCAUCAGUACACUGCCUCCGGCCAUUCUCUGUCGCACACUCACAGCCCUCCUCCCCGCUCACCUGAGAGCUGGCAGGCUCACGAGUUACCCUUCCUGGGCCUAGAGGGCCCACGGUUCAUAUACCCACCUCACCAUCCCUUACAUCACCACCAGAACCUCCCCGACCCACCCCCAUACCCUCCUCAUACUCUCCCCCCCAGCCGCCUGCACCUUCCAUCCCUGAAGGAUCCGACGAGCCCCGGACUUCUGCAGCUGGAGGUCCCUUUGGGUCCACCAGGCAGAGACAGGCCCCCAGGGCCUCCAGUUAGGCGUUUAGCUAUGCAACAGGCCCAGAGUCUCGGCCAGCUCAGACACACGGCCCACGGUGUGGGUGUACCAGUGUUGCCUUACCCUGACCCGGCAGCCCGCGCAGGGAGCCCAAGCACAGCCCCCAGUAGUAGCCCUCAGUCCUGGCUCAGCCCAAGGGCGGGGCGCCGGGCAGACCCCAGCCUACCCCCGCUAGUGCUCCAACCCUCCCGUCUGUCUCCACUCUCCCAGAGCCCUCUUAGCACCCAGCCAGGUUCCCCAGAUAUCCUAGUGAGGCCCCCCCCACGCCCCAGCAUCCUCCGCACCUCUCGGUCUCUGGAGAUGCCCGAGAUCACCCUGCAGCCCUCGGCCACAGUUAGCUUCUCGCGGAGGUCCUCCCUGACCGCUUCGCCCACUCAGAGCCAGGGCGCCAAGCAGCCCAGCCCCGGUUACCCCAUGUCCUAUGCCUCCACCGCUGCCAGUUACCCCUCCCAGUCCCCCUCACCUCCUCCAGAGGGCAGGGAUGUUUUUGGGCAGAGGCCAUCCCAGAGACGGACAGAGGAGGAGAUGCUACCCUCAGAGCCCUCCCAGCUCCAGAUCUCAGCCUCAGGGGAACCUCUAGGUGCGUCUAGUGAUACUGCCGGGUCUGAGAGCUUACCAGCACUGCUACACCACUGCAUAGCUAAAGCCAAGGGAGUGGCUGCCAAUAAUAAUAACAACGCAACAUCUGUGAGGAGAACAGGUGUGUCUCCCUCUCAGACCCCGCAGCAAUCUCAGACACCCCAAGAGGGAGAAGACCUCAACCUUCGCAAAAAGAGUAAAAAGCAAAACAAGAGCCCUUACCGCUACUUGACCUCCUUCCUGCAGCGUAGGCCGUCCGAGGAGGACCAGACAGGCAUCCUGGCCAGUGCAGACUCUGAGGGCCCGAAUUAUGGAACUCUACGCUGACCCGUGUGCCCCACCAAGCCAUUGGACCCAAUUAAGCUGGCCCCUCAUGGAAGCGAAGUCCAAAACACCUCAGUUCUCCGCCCACCUCCCCCCC